GGAAAAGGGAGGGCCGGUUAGCUGAAGCUACUGAGGAAGAGGAAGACAACAGGGUCCGCUAUCGUGGGCUCAGACGACGACUUCGCCGACGACAGUCGUGCGAGGGCAAGGGCAAAGGCGGCGGCGGCGAGAAGAAGAUGGCUUAUCCGUCCGAGUGCAGCGUACUGUCGUAUGUGGUCGCACGGCAAAUCGACGACAAGGUCGAUUACUGCAAGAGCCUGAUGAACGCCAGAUUCGAGAACUCGGAGAAUCUCUAUAGGAAGGACCUGCUGUCCCAUUACGGAUGCGUUAACGCGAUUGAGUUCUCGAAUCAGGGUGAUCUGCUCGUCUCCGGUGGCGAUGACAGGAGAGUCCUACUGUGGAAAGUGGAGCAGGCAAUACGGGGUGUGGGCAAGCCCACCGUGAUGAAGGCUCAGCACGUUAGCAAUAUAUUCUGUCUCGGUUACGACAGCAGCAAAACCAAGAUAUUUUCCGCAGGGAACGACGAUCAAGUCAUAGUCCACGACUUGGAAACGAGCGACGUGCUCAACUUCUUCCUGCACGAAAAGCCGGUCUACGGUCUGUCCAUUCAUCCGCACAAUGACAAUGUCUUUGCCAGCGCCUGCGACGACGGGAGAGUCCUGAUUUAUGAUAUACGCGGCUCCAGCGCCACGGAAACGUUUUGCCUGGCGCAAUACAAGACCGCUUUUCACUCCGUCAUGUUUAACCCUGUGGACCCCAGAAUGCUCGCCACCGCCAACGCCAAGGAAGGCGUCAGCAUGUGGGACGUGCGGAAACCUUUGGAACCUGUAUUACGCUACGGGAGCGAGACUCCGGCACAGAGCUGCAUGAACGUGCGGUUUAACGCUUUGGGCAACCGAUUGCUGGCCUUACGGAGAAGAUUGCCACCAGUUCUUUACGCGGUCGACUCACCCACGCACUUGUGUGAAUUCGACCACCCGGGUUACUACAACAGCUGUACUAUGAAGUCAUGCUGUUUCGCCGGAGAUAACGACGAAUACGUUCUCUCUGGUUCCGAUGAUUUUAACCUUUACAUGUGGAAGAUCCCGUCGACGGAAGUGAAAUGGGUGGAAUCUGCUCACAUGGUACUACGUGGUCACAGAUCGAUCGUUAAUCAAGUUCGGUACAACCAAGCGAGUUGUAUCUUCGCAUCGUCCGGCGUGGAGAAGAUCAUAAAGAUCUGGAGUCCGUUUCCGCUCGGAGCUGGAAGUCUAGGAGGAUUGAAGAGGGACGCUGGUAAACAAGAGAAACAGCGCCGAGUGUACACGCAUGACGAAUACAUUGGAUUGGUUUUGCGUAGCGGACAGUUUAUGACACACGACUAUAGCCACCAGUCUACCAGAGAAGACUCGCGAAUGAUGGCCUUCUUUGAUUCUCUUGUGCAACGCGAAAUUGAAGGCUGGAGCUCCGAGGACGGGCCGACUGCGCCACAAACUCCGAAUGGCGAGCCCGAGAUCAACCCGGUAACAGGACAGCCGUACAGUGAAUCGGACUUUGACGCUGAUUCCACUGCGUCAGAGGCCGGCGUAGCUCCCGAGAGACCGUUGGGGUCGCCGAAUCGUAUAACUCGACUCAUCGCAGCUCGCAGGGAGAAGCUCAUGCGAUUAGCCGCGACGGAUUGCGGUACGACAACGUGCAACAAUUCGACAAACAUAGCCGAGCGAUCCGCCUCGUGUUCCGCUAGCGAAGGGGACAGUGCACGCACGAAAUGUAGAUCUAAAUCACGAUCGAAGUUGAAAGGCAUCAAGAGGAAACACGCCAGGAUAUCCGGUAGGAGAAGCAGAGUUAGGAGAAAGUGUACCGUGUUAAAGAUCAAUAGUGAUUCGGAUAGUGAUGACGAACAACCUGUUGACGCGGCUCAACCUAGUACGAGUUCCGGUGUGAUCUCCCGAAGAUCGCGAUACGUCGCCAACACGAUCGAGAAUGACACCAAGCAUACGAGUUAUAGCAGCAGUACCACCAGCAGUACCACUACCAGCAGCAGCAGCAGCAGCAGCAGCAGCAGCGGUAGCAGCAGCAGCAGCAACAGCAGCAGUAGCAGUAGCAGCAGUAACAGCAGCAGUAGUAGUUCCGAGGACAACGAUAUCCCCGUGAAACGAAAACAUUCUAAAACCGAUUCAGACGCAUCCGCGAAGGCGCACAGAAGGAAGCAUAGGAACAAGUGUAAAAACAGGUCCCGGAACGAGAGCUCCGGCAAGAAGUCAAGUAAACGUGCUAAAUUCGAUGAGGACACGGAGGAGGAGUGGUACGGCUGGAUGAACGGUGCCAGCACCGGCAAGCCGCGGGAAGACGGACCGUCAACCCCGACCAAGAAGCCGCUUCAAGUUCCUUGUUCCCCUGACAGCGGUAUUAAGUCGGGAGUCUCUACGGGAGAAAAGAGCAGCGGACAGACGCGCAAAGAACGAGACGCGGACAGUUCCGAUUACGAACAAAAACUAAAGAGCUUUGAGUGUUUCCGUAAGAAAGUGGACGUGGCGAGGAGGAGUUACCGCAAUCGAUCCGCCGCCGCGCCUCCGACCCAAACGAUUUCCACCACGUCCGAAACCACAACCGACUCUUCCGAUUGAGAGUUCCCACGUCGCUCCUCGCAACUCUGCCACCCCGACUCACCUCCUCCUUCCCUUUGUACAUAAUGUAUCUGUGAUUCCUUGAAGUAUAUUUUUAUAACACUAAGUUGGGUCACACGCGCGAACAUGCGGUCGAUCGUUUUUCUAUCUUGUUUUAGAUUAGAGCUCGGAAUUAGUUGUCCAUCUUGGAUGAUUUUCGAGAGCUACGCCUUCUAUCUUCCCCUUGCUGCGCGGCGGGCCUCGAAACUGACGGUCGCGGCUCCAAGCCUCAGCCGUUGGGAUUAUAAGGAGCGCAUCUAUGUGGUGCCUACCAAUGCGUUCGGGAAACGCGCUGAUCAGCGCUAACGCGUCAUUUAAUUCUUGUGUGUUGUACAAUGUACAAUAUACAAUAUUUUUUUAUAUAUGCUUACAAUGAUUACAAUGUACAAUAUACAAUGAACAAGAAAAAUUGAAUGAUACGUUAGCGCUGAUCGGUGCGCUUUCCGAAUGCAUCUUUGGUUGGCACUACAUAGAUACGCCUCUUAUAAUCCCAACGAUCCUGAGACUUGGAAUCGCGACCAUCCGUAUCGAGGCCCGCCGUACGGCAAGGGGAAGACAGUAGGCGUAGCUCUCGACAGUCGACCGAGAUGAUCAAUCAAUUCCGAGCUCUGUUUUAGAUCUUAUCGUCCGUAUCCCAAUCCCUCGUGCAUGUACUGUGUUUUCUUAUCCCUUCGCGAUUUCUGAGAGAGGUUCGUCAAGAUUCGUCGAGGUAUUGUGUAAAUUUCUUUCGUGACACGGUCAGCAAGUGCGUUGAGUCGUGAACAAGUCAAGUCACCGAUUAAUGCAGCCGGUGACUCGGUCCCACCGGUCACACUGGUUAGGUAAAACGAAAUUACGAUGUGUGGUAUACCGCCCUUGUAUCUCUCGUCCCCGAUGCCAUUAUUAUCGGCUGUCAGCUUGAUUAAUCUAGGAGAGUUCGAUUAUUAUUGCUGAAGACGGGCGUUUUUUCGGAUCUGGCCAUUAAAUCGCAUGUAAUCGAGAUCCUCGGUGAAACGUCGCCGCAAUGCGAACAGAUAGACGCGGAUUGUUAACGUGCCGCGCUAGCUUAAAUAUUGCGACUCGGCUAAUGUGUAUUGUUGAACAUGGUUUAUGCGACGGAAAGUAAUAAAGUAAUAAAUUAGUAUACAUUUUUUUCCUAUGCGUUGAACGUUGAGGAAUUAUUGUAACUAUAUAUUACAUUAUUUAAUUUUGCAUUUAUAUACAUCUUUAUUAACUGAUUACGAAUAAACGAGAGAAAACGAUAGCGAGAUUCUUACGAUUUCUUGCGAUUUUAUUCGUUUUCCGAUUGUGCACGAUCAGUGCGAUCGCGGAGUGAGCUUCUUCCGUUUCCGAUUAUUUUUUGCAGCAUGUAUAAAUAAACUUUGACCAAUGUA